CCCUCCAGAGGCGGGUCCGGAAGUCUCGGCCUCAUCUCGCUGCGAGAGCCGCCUGGCCCGCUACGCCGGACUCCCCUCCCCUCAGUGGGCUGCCACCCCGCAGGCACAUUUUGCUGCGUCGCCGCGGCACCUCCACCAACGGAGCCGAGCUACGGAGGGCGACCACCAGUCGCGUCCCGCUGGCACCGAACGACCGCCUAUGUGACGAGGUCCCUCGCUGUAACGUCCGGUGCCGCCCGCGUCGCUACCGCAGCGCCCCCAGCGGCCGCUCGGCCAGUGCCAGCUCCUCCCCGCCGAGGCCGCGGCGCGGCUCCCUUCCCCCUCCUCCCACCCAAUCCCGUGCCGGGCGGAGCGCCAUGGAUGCCGCUGACUACCGCCUGCUGCGGGGUUCACGCCGUUUCUUUACCUGUCCUCCUAUCUCCCCGCGGCGUUAAGAAGGGGUCGGCUCCGGCUGGAAGGCUCUGGGAGGCAGAGGUGAGCGGUGAGGCGGUCCGAAGCCGUUCCGGCUGGCAGUGGGGAGACGGUGCCUUUCUUGAGCCGUCAGGCCGGGUCACCCUGCGAGGCCUGCGGCUCGCUAGGAACUCGAGCGUCGCUGUCUUGGCCUGGCGGGUCGGUGUCGGCCGACCCGGGGUGAAAGCCACAGAAGCCAGGGGCUACCUGAAGAUAUAUUAGUUUUACUCAAGUUUGCCUGGCUGGAAUAAUUAAAGGAUAUUUUUGCUACCUCUUCAUUUAAGUGGAGGUGGCUGCCUUUUUUUUUUUUUUUAAAUUGAAAUCAUGGCAGAUGUGGACCCAGACACCUUGCUGGAAUGGCUGCAGAUGGGGCAGGGAGAUGAACGGGAUAUGCAGCUAAUAGCACUGGAACAGCUAUGCAUGCUACUUCUGAUGUCAGACAACGUGGAUCGCUGUUUUGAAACAUGCCCUCCUCGAACUUUUUUACCAGCACUAUGCAAAAUUUUUCUGGAUGAAAGUGCUCCAGACAAUGUGUUAGAAGUAACUGCUCGUGCCAUAACGUAUUACCUGGAUGUAUCAGCUGAAUGCACCCGCAGGAUUGUGGGAGUGGAUGGAGCUAUCAAAGCACUUUGUAAUCGUUUAGUAGUGGUUGAACUUAACAACAGAACAAGCAGAGAUUUGGCUGAGCAGUGUGUGAAGGUGUUAGAAUUAAUCUGUACCCGUGAGUCAGGAGCUGUGUUUGAAGCUGGAGGCUUGAAUUGUGUUCUGACAUUCAUUCGUGACAGUGGACACCUUGUUCAUAAGGAUACUUUGCAUUCAGCUAUGGCUGUAGUGUCCAGACUCUGUGGCAAAAUGGAGCCUCAGGAUUCUUCAUUAGAGAUCUGUGUGGAAUCACUGUCUAGCUUAUUAAAACAUGAAGACCAUCAGGUUUCAGAUGGAGCGCUGAGAUGCUUUGCUUCAUUAGCUGACAGAUUCACACGGCGUGGAGUUGACCCAGCCCCAUUAGCUAAGCAUGGAUUAACUGAGGAGUUGUUAUCUCGCAUGGCAGCUGCUGGUGGGACAGUAUCAGGACCAUCUUCAGUUUGCAAACCUGGACGAAGUAGCACUGGAGCACCAUCUACUGCUGCAGACUCUAAAUUAAGUAAUCAGGUGUCAACCAUUGUAAGCCUGUUGUCAACCUUGUGUAGAGGCUCUCCAGUAGUGACACAUACUUUUAAUUAUUUCCAGGAUCUCCUAAGAUCUGAACUUCCAGAUUCUAUAGAAAGUGCGUUGCAGGGUGAUGAGAGAUGUGUACUGGAUACCAUGCGGUUAGUAGAUCUUCUUUUGGUGCUACUGUUCGAAGGGAGAAAAGCCCUGCCAAAAUCCAGUGCUGGAUCUACAGGCAGAAUCCCAGGAUUGCGAAGACUGGAUAGUUCUGGGGAACGUUCUCAUCGGCAGCUGAUAGAUUGCAUCCGCAGUAAGGAUACUGAUGCACUAAUAGAUGCUAUUGACACAGGAGCUUUUGAAGUAAACUUUAUGGAUGACGUAGGACAAACGCUUUUAAACUGGGCCUCUGCUUUUGGAACUCAGGAAAUGGUAGAAUUUCUCUGUGAGAGGGGUGCCGAUGUUAACAGAGGUCAGAGGUCAUCCUCAUUACAUUAUGCAGCAUGUUUCGGAAGACCUCAGGUAGCAAAGACUCUCUUACGACAUGGUGCAAACCCUGAUUUGAGAGAUGAAGAUGGGAAAACUCCUUUAGACAAAGCUCGUGAAAGGGGGCACAGUGAAGUAGUAGCUAUUCUUCAGUCCCCAGGGGACUGGAUGUGUCCUGUUAACAAAGGAGAUGAGAAGAAAAAGAAAGACGCAAACAAGGAUGAGGAAGAGUGUAAUGAACCCAAAGGAGAUCCAGAGAUGGCGCCCAUUUACUUGAAAAGAUUAUUGCCUGUGUUUGCACAAACAUUUCAACAAACUAUGUUGCCUUCAAUAAGGAAAGCAAGUCUUGCCCUCAUUAGAAAAAUGAUACAUUUUUGUUCUGAGGCACUGCUGAAAGAGGUUUGUGACUCUGAUGCUGGCCACAAUCUGCCCACAAUACUGGUUGAGAUAACAGCUACAGUUCUUGAUCAAGAGGAUGAUGAUGAUGGCCAUUUGCUAGCCUUGCAGAUCAUAAGGGAUUUGGUGGAUAAAGGUGGUGAUACUUUUUUAGACCAAUUGGCUAGGCUUGGUGUAAUUAGUAAAGUGUCAACUUUGGCUGGGCCGUCAUCUGAUGAUGAAAAUGAAGAAGAGUCUAAACCUGAGAAGGAGGAUGAACCACAGGAAGAUGCUAAAGAACUGCAACAGGGUAAACCAUAUCACUGGAGAGACUGGUCUAUCAUUAGGGGAAGGGACUGCCUCUAUAUCUGGAGUGAUGCUGCAGCCCUGGAGCUAUCUAAUGGUAGUAACGGAUGGUUCAGAUUUAUCUUGGAUGGAAAGCUGGCCACGAUGUAUUCCAGUGGCAGUCCUGAAGGAGGAUCUGAUAGUUCAGAAAGUAGGAGUGAGUUCCUUGAGAAGUUGCAACGAGCUCGAAGCCAAGUGAAACCGUCUACUGCAAGCCAGCCGAUUUUAUCAGCACCAGGGCCAGCUAAACUUACUGUAGGAAAUUGGUCUCUCACCUGUUUAAAAGAAGGAGAAAUUGCUAUUCACAAUUCUGAUGGUCAGCAAGCUACAAUACUGAAAGAAGAUCUGCCAGGCUUUGUAUUUGAAUCUAACAGAGGAACAAAACAUUCGUUUACAGCUGAAACCUCUUUGGGUAAGUAUGUAGGGUCAGAAUUUGUGACUGGCUGGACAGGCAAAAGGGGAAGAAAGCUGAAAUCUAAGCUGGAGAAGACAAAGCAAAAGGUACGCACUAUGGCACGAGAUCUGUAUGAUGAUCAUUUUAAAGCUGUGGAAAGCAUGCCUCGAGGAGUAGUUGUAACACUGAGGAACAUAGCAACACAGUUAGAGUCUGCAUGGGAGCUUCAUACAAAUAGACAGUGCAUUGAGGGAGAAAAUACUUGGAGAGAUUUAAUGAAGACUGCUCUGGAGAACUUAAUUGUACUACUGAAGGAUGAGAAUACUAUUUCUCCAUAUGAAAUGUGCAGCAGUGGCUUAGUUCAAUCAUUGCUUACAGUUUUAAAUAAUAAUGUAGAUUUAGAUGUGAAACAAGACUGCAGUCAGCUGGUUGAAAGAAUAAAUGUUUUCAAAACAGCAUUCAGUGAAAAUGAAGAUGAUGAAAGUCGUCCAGCAGUUGCAUUAAUUCGGAAGUUGAUAGCAGUGUUAGAGUCAAUAGAACGGCUACCUCUCCACUUGUAUGAUACACCAGGAUCUACCUAUAAUCUUCAGAUAUUAACAAGGCGCUUGAGAUUUCGUUUAGAGCGUGCCUCAGGGGAGACAUCUCUAAUAGAUCGAACUGGUAGAAUGCUGAAGAUGGAGCCUUUGGCAACUGUUGAAUCUCUAGAACAGUAUCUCCUGAAAAUGGUAGCAAAGCAGUGGUAUGACUUUGAUAGGGCUUCCUUUGUUUUUGUGCGAAAGCUGCGUGAAGGCCAAACGUUUAUCUUCAGGCAUCAACAUGAUUUUGAUGAGAAUGGAAUUAUUUACUGGAUUGGAACAAAUGCCAAAACUGCAUAUGAGUGGGUAAAUCCAGCAGCCUAUGGUUUAGUAGUGGUUACGUCUUCAGAAGGAAGGAAUCUACCUUAUGGCCGAUUAGAAGACAUCCUGAGCCGUGACAGUUCAGCCCUCAAUUGUCAUACUAAUGACGAUAAGAAUGCUUGGUUUGCCAUAGAUCUUGGCCUUUGGGUUGUGCCAUCAGCUUAUACAUUACGCCAUGCUCGAGGUUAUGGACGAUCUGCUCUCAGAAAUUGGGUUUUUCAGGUAUCGAAGGAUGGACAGAACUGGACUACUUUGUAUACUCAUGUUGAUGACUGUAGUCUCAAUGAACCAGGGUCUACUGCAACAUGGCCUUUAGAUCCUCCAAAAGAUGAGAAACAAGGUUGGAGACAUGUUAGAAUAAAACAAAUGGGAAAGAAUGCCAGUGGGCAAACACACUACCUCUCCUUGUCCGGUUUUGAACUUUAUGGCACUGUGAAUGGAGUCUGUGAAGAUCAGCUGGGUAAGGCUGCUAAAGAAGCUGAAGCAAAUCUGCGAAGGCAGCGACGCCUGGUCCGUUCUCAGGUGUUGAAGUACAUGGUUCCAGGAGCCCGUGUAAUUAGAGGAAUCGAUUGGAAAUGGAGAGAUCAGGAUGGAAGCCCACAGGGUGAAGGCACUGUUACAGGAGAACUGCAUAAUGGCUGGAUUGAUGUCACCUGGGAUGCUGGUGGCUCUAACUCUUACCGUAUGGGCGCAGAAGGAAAAUUUGACCUCAAGCUUGCACCAGGGUACGACCCUGAUUCAGCGGCAUCACCCAAACCUGUUUCAUCCACUGUUUCAGGCACAACGCAGUCAUGGAGCAGCUUGGUGAAAAACAACUGUCCAGACAAGACGACUGCUGCUGCAGGCUCCUCAAGUAGAAAAGGAAGCAGCAGUUCUGUGUGUAGCGUGGCCAGUAGCAGCGACAUCAGCUUGGGUUCGACCAAAAUGGAACGGAGAUCAGAAAGUGUAACGGAGCAAAAUAUAGUUUCAGGCACUGACGUCCAUGAACCGAUUGUUGUUCUGUCUUCCGCUGAUAGUGUGCCUCAGGCUGAGGUAGGGUCAUCUUCCAGUGCAAGCACCAGCACCUUAACAGCGGACAUGGGAAACGAAAAUGCAGAGAGGAAGUUAGGUCCUGAUAACUCAAUCCGUACUCCUGGGGAGUCCAGUGCUAUAUCCAUGGGAAUUGUUAGUGUAAGCUCUCCUGAUGUGAGUUCAGUCUCUGAACUGACUAAUAAAGAAGCAGCUUCCCAGCGACCUCUAAGCUCUUCAGCAAGUAACAGACUCUCGGUCAGUUCUUUGUUGGCUGCUGGGGCACCAAUGAGCUCCAGUGCAAGCGUUCCUAAUUUAUCAUCUCGGGAAACUUCCAGCUUGGAGUCCUUUGUACGAAGAGUGGCAAACAUAGCACGUACUAAUGCCACAAACAACAUGAAUUUAAGCCGAAGCAGCAGUGAUAACAAUACUAAUACUUUGGGAAGAAAUGUCAUGAGUACUGCAACUUCUCCUCUUAUGGGUGCACAAAGUUUUCCUAAUCUGACUACAACUGGUACCACAUCAACAGUGACCAUGUCUACAUCCAGUGUUACUAGCAGCAGCAAUGUAGCUACAGCAACUACAGUUUUAUCUGUUGGUCAGUCGCUUAGUAAUACUCUAACUACUAGCCUAACAUCAACAUCUAGUGAAAGCGAUACAGGUCAGGAGGCAGAAUAUUCUUUAUAUGAUUUUCUUGAUAGCUGCCGAGCUAGUACUCUUUUGGCAGAGUUAGAUGAUGAUGAGGAUCUACCUGAGCCAGAUGAAGAAGAUGAUGAAAAUGAAGAUGACAAUCAAGAAGAUCAAGAAUAUGAGGAAGUUAUGGAAGAAGAGGAGUAUGAAACCAAAGGAGGCCGUAGAAGAACAUGGGAUGACGAUUAUGUGUUGAAACGGCAGUUUUCUGCUCUGGUUCCUGCAUUUGACCCAAGGCCUGGUCGCACUAAUGUUCAGCAGACAACUGACCUAGAAAUUCCUCCUCCAGGUACACCUCAUUCAGAACUCUUGGAAGAGGUUGAGUGCAUGCCUUCACCACGUUUAGCCCUCACUUUGAAAGUUUCAGGUCUUGGAACAACUCGAGAAGUAGAACUGCCCCUAACAAACUUCAGAUCUACCAUCUUUUACUAUGUACAGAAACUGUUGCAGCUUUCCUGUAGUGGCAAUGUGAAAUCUGACAAACUCAGACGUAUUUGGGAGCCAACAUACACAAUCAUGUACAGAGAAAUGAAGGAUUCUGAUAAAGAGAAGGAAAGUGGAAAAAUGGGUUGCUGGUCUGUAGAGCAUGUGGAGCAGUACCUUGGCACUGAUGAAUUACCAAAGAAUGACUUGAUAACCUACCUGCAGAAGAAUGCAGACUCGGCUUUCCUGCGCCACUGGAAAUUAACCGGCACUAAUAAGAGUAUUAGGAAAAACAGAAACUGUUCCCAGCUCAUAGCUGCAUACAAGGAUUUUUGUGAGCAUGGAUCAAAGUCUGGAUUGAGUCAAGGGGCUGUUUCUACUUUUCAAAAUUCUGAUAUCCUUAGUCUGGCUAAGGAACAACCUCAGGCCAAAGCUGGCAGUGGACAGAACUCCUGUGGAGUAGAAGAUGUUCUGCAGUUACUUCGCAUUUUGUACAUAGUUGCUAGUGACCCUUACGCAGUACGGACUUCUCAAGAAGAAGGAGAUGAGCAUCCUCAGUUUAACUUCCCACCAGAUGAGUUCACAAGCAAAAAAAUUACAACAAAGAUUCUGCAACAGAUUGAGGAACCACUAGCACUAGCAAGUGGAGCUUUGCCAGACUGGUGUGAGCAGCUAACAAGCAAGUGUCCUUUCUUAAUUCCAUUUGAAACAAGACAGUUGUAUUUCACUUGCACAGCAUUUGGAGCAUCAAGAGCAAUUGUAUGGCUACAGAACAGACGUGAAGCCACUGUUGAAAGGACAAGGAGCACAAGCACGGUGCGCCGUGAUGAUCCAGGAGAAUUCAGAGUUGGACGCCUCAAACAUGAAAGAGUGAAAGUUCCGCGAGGUGAAUCCUUGAUGGAAUGGGCAGAAAAUGUCAUGCAGAUUCAUGCAGACAGAAAAUCUGUUCUAGAGGUUGAGUUCUUAGGGGAAGAAGGAACAGGCCUGGGUCCUACCUUGGAAUUCUAUGCAUUGGUGGCAGCAGAAUUUCAGAGGACAGAUUUGGGAGCUUGGCUUUGUGAUGACGAUUUUCCAGAUGAUGAGUCCCGUCAGGUUGACAUUGGUGGUGGAUUGAAACCCCCUGGCUAUUACGUACAGAGAUCAUGUGGCCUCUUCACAGCACCAUUCCCACAAGAUAGUGAUGAACUUGAAAGAAUAACAAAACUCUUUCAUUUCCUUGGAAUUUUCUUGGCUAAAUGCAUUCAGGACAACAGACUUGUGGAUUUACCCAUUUCUAAGCCUUUUUUUAAACUCAUGUGUAUGGGGGACAUCAAAAGUAAUAUGAGUAAGUUGAUAUACGAGUCACGGGGUGACAGAGACUUGCACUGUACUGAAAGUCAGUCGGAGGCUUCUACAGAAGAAGGGCAUGAUUCCUUGUCAGUAGGAAGUCUGGAAGAAGACUCCAAAUCAGAAUUUAUUCUUGAUCCACCAAAACCUAAACCUCCUGCCUGGUUUAAUGGGAUUUUAACAUGGGAAGACUUUGAAUUAGUAAAUCCACAUAGAGCUAGGUUUCUGAAAGAAAUUAAGGACCUUGCAAUUAAAAGGCGCCAAAUUUUAAGUAACAAAAGUCUGUCAGAAGAUGAAAAGAACACAAAGCUACAGGAGUUGAUGCUGAAGAAUCCAUCAGGUUCGGGGCCUCCACUUAGCAUAGAGGAUUUGGGUCUGAAUUUUCAGUUUUGUCCUUCGUCCAAAGUCUAUGGGUUUACAGCUGUGGAUCUCAAGCCAGGUGGUGAAGAUGAGACUGUCACAAUGGAUAAUGCCGAGGAGUAUGUAGAUCUCAUGUUUGACUUCUGCAUGCAUACUGGUAUACAGAAACAGAUGGAGGCAUUCAGAGAUGGCUUCAAUAGAGUCUUUCCUAUGGAGAAGCUGAGUUCCUUCAGCCACGAAGAAGUUCAGAUGAUUCUUUGUGGAAAUCAAUCACCUUCUUGGGCAGCUGAGGACAUCAUCAAUUACACCGAACCUAAACUAGGAUAUACACGAGAUAGCCCUGGAUUCCUUCGAUUCGUGAGAGUGUUGUGUGGUAUGUCUUCAGAUGAAAGGAAGGCUUUUCUCCAGUUCACCACCGGUUGUUCCACGCUUCCCCCAGGAGGACUGGCAAAUCUACAUCCCCGUCUCACUGUUGUACGCAAGGUUGAUGCUACAGAUGCAAGUUACCCAUCUGUGAAUACAUGUGUGCAUUACCUCAAGUUGCCUGAGUAUUCUUCUGAGGAGAUAAUGAGAGAGCGUCUAUUAGCUGCUACAAUGGAGAAAGGCUUCCAUCUCAACUGAGCUGCUGACUGCAGUAUGGGACAUGAGAAAGUGUUUUUUGAUACUAGCAAAGCCUCUUGUGUUUGUGUGCAAAAACAAAAUGAUCUCCACGCUGUGCUCUGAUGAGACUUGCCUUUUUUUUCACCCGUGAGGCUUUAGGAAUAUGUGGAAUAGGUUUGUUAGCUGCUAAUGACAAAACAAAUCCUUGUACCUACACAGCCAGCAAGAAAUUGGCCCAGAACACUGUGUGAUGCUUCAAGGGCUUGCACAACUGGAAAUUAAGGUGGUUCUGUUUGACUGUUCCAAAGAACAGAUCAUCAGAUUUUCAGUGUUCACUGACACAAAUUUCUAACAGUGUAUUUGUGUAAAGUUUGUCAUUUAAUACCUUGUACACUACAGUUGCCAUCACUGAUCCCUGUUUUGCUGGCUUAAGCUAACUGGUUAAAAGAAAACCCUUGCUUCCUUAAAACUUUAGAGUUAGUGGGCAUCUCCAGCUUUUUCUUUUUAAUGGUGCCUGCACUAUUGGAGUAUUUUAGUGGGGUUUUUGCAUAUAAUCAUGCACAACCUUUUGGGGUUUUGUUUUAUUUCUCUUUUUCCAAGUGGGAAUAUAUUUUGGUUUCUCAAAUGCCCUGCUACAAAGAUCAAAUCCUUAAGUGUGUUUGUGCAGCUAAACAAUAAAGCUAUUAAAAAACACUGGUUCCUAGUGCAAGGCACACUUAAAGCAAGUUUUACUUUUGGUUGUAUUUUCUUUGUAUAUUAUAAACAUUUAUUUAACUUGUUGCAGUUUUGAGUUUAAAAAGAGAAAAACACCCAAUGUAUAAGCGCAAAAGUAAUCAUUAAAAUGUUUGCAACAUAUAAAA